CCGGGCCACCGCCGACAUGGCUUCCGCUAACCACAACUCAUAUACCACAACCCAGUACCUGGCGCAGCAACGGACUCAAAAUGUCACAACCCCCGGCGGCAGCUGUUCCACCACACUAACAGGAGUCAAAGAUGCCGACUUUGUCGCUAUUGGCCUUGGAGGCACAAACAUGCUGGCCAUGUUAUGGACCAUAGCCAUGGGCCGACGGGCGGUCGGUGUUGAGCUCCGUGGCGACCCCUUUCUAGGCGUACACUGGAACAUUCGCGAGGACAUGUACCACCAGCUGGGACUCAUCGACAAAAUGAUGUGGGAUCGCUACGGCAUCGAGAACGCACCAAAGAGACUGGACGGCUCGUUGCUGAGCCUCGCCGACUUGUUCUAUUCCACUCGGACCGUGUCUCGGGAUAUCAUUCCAGGAGCAAUCAUUGAAGGCUACGACAAGUGCAACCACAUGGUCGGAGACAUCCACAACAUCGAAUACAUUGACGAUCGAUGGAAGGAUGGAAAACCACAUCGCACCGUAACAUGUGUGCCCGGACCGACUAUUCCUAGUGAGCCUGAUGCCGGCAAGAUCCGGACUGAUAUGCAUCAAGUCCUUGAUGGGCCAUCGACGUGGCAAGCCGCCGCUUUCGCCGUACAGCUUCUUCUCCGCAGAUACCUCGAGCAACUCGAGAGGAUUGACCUGAAAGCCGGAAGAACACCUCGAUGCCGACUGUUCACCAAACAUCGCGUGGUACAGGAUGGGAGCGGAAUGGUCCGUCUUCCUUGUGGUCGAGUACACAUCCGUAUCGAGGAAGUCACCGAGGUUCAAUUCCAUAACGAUCUCCAGCGCAUCCGCACACCGGGAAGCGAUUUCAUCGAUCUCGGCGUUCCGGAACUCUUCAGCAUCGCCACAGGCGUCAAUUGCCGCGAAGCCGAGAGGCUAGGCUUCCAACAACACGACGUCGAUGUCGACCAUGGCGACGGACAAGGACCAAAAGUCGCUCAAGCCGACUUUGUCGCUGGCCAAUUCAACAUUCUCGUCGAUGGACGUCUGCGGCGCCGCAUUGCUUCAGAGUUUGAUCAGCAUGGCAACGAGAGCUGGGUACGACAGAUUGCCGUUGGCCACGAAAACGACCCACGAGUAGCCUGGGUCAUUGUCGAGGUACCCGAACACAUAUCCCUAUGUCCUGCUGAGCGCGGCAUCGUCUGCCCAACCACAAGCAAAGACUCGGCCGAGUACUUUGCCGCCUACCAGCUCCUCCUCUACGACUACUUCAUCUCGCAAGCCUCGCUCGUCCUCGAAAUCCCGCCUGACGAGCUCCGCCGCGUAAGCAUGAUCUACGGCCCCAAACCCUUCAGCCUCGUCGAGCGCAUCGGGUACGACUCCCGCAUCGCGACCAACGGUGUUGUCGCUGGCGACUCAUUCGGCAACGGACACUUUCUACACUCGGCAGGCGCAAUGUGCGGGAUGCUCGGCCACGCCUACCGCUUCCUCGAGUACUGGCAGCGCCGCGCCGACGGCGCACACUGCGCCGAAUCCUCGAUCCGCCUUCUCGCCGACCGCAUCAAGGCCGACACGGAAGCCCUUCUCGAAGUCAGUGCCAAGGAGUUCAGCCAGGCGCUUCCGAGCAACUUUGGCGCCGAGCGCGGCAGAAAAGUCGCCGCCGCCAGUGGCAUUGCACAUGACAGACGCGCCAAGGUCAGCGGCAAGCGGGCUAGGAGGUGGGACCAGGCGCCGCUCAACCCGACGGAUUGGCGGAGAGUCUUUAUGAAGAAUGGACGCACAUGGAGUGGCAAAUUGCCCGACAUUGACAAGAGGCAUCCUGCCAUGCGGAUGGAGAGGGCGAGGCUUUGAGAUUGUAGAAUUUCUGGUUCGUGUUUUUUUUGUGUGUGGUUUUGAUUCAGAAAAGUGUAUAUAUCAUGUUCUUUUUUCUCUCUCUCUCUCUCUCUUUCUCUCUCUUCAGACUGCGCGACGUAAAGUAGUGUACUUGUGCAUUUCUACCAGAAUGCUGAAUCGCGAUUAAUUCCUGCUUGAUUUCAAAUCGCCUCGUGCGUCUAGUUGUAAAGCAGAGUCAAUGUUUAGUUUUUUUUCCCUCUCUCUAAGAAGGUUGGAGGUGGCUUGGUGGCGCCAUCGAACGAACAUCAGUCAUGAAUUGGGUUUUGAUUGGUACUUAGACGACAUGAUAACCUGGUACAUUGCG